GUUUUGCACCCGUAAUCUUGUUGUAUGGCACCCACUCGUGAACGCGCACUGUGACGCAAACACUUCCGCGACAGUCCAGCUGAAGAAGGCAUCAUGGCGGCUCCCAUUGACAAGAAGCGUGGUCUUGAACAUUUGGACGAAUAUGAGCCAAAACCAGCCAAACACCUCCGCAGCCUGCACGACCGCAUGUCGGAGAGGAGACUGGUUGUUGUUCUGGAGGGAGCGUCGUUAGAAACAGUGAAGGUCGGAAAAACCUUUGAGCUGUUAAACUGUGACCAACACAAAAAUAUCAUCCUCAAAAAUGGAAGGAAUCCGGGACACAUAAGACCAGACAUCACACACCAGUGUCUGCUCAUGUUGAUGGACAGUCCACUGAACAGGGCGGGCCUGUUGCAGGUUUACGUCCACACAGAGAAAAACGCUUUGAUAGAGAUCAACCCACAGACCCGCAUCCCAAGAACCUUCACUCGCUUCUGUGGCCUGAUGGUUCAGCUGCUGCACAAGCUGAGCGUCAGGGCUGCUGACGGUCCUCAGAGGCUUCUGAGGAUGAUUAAAAACCCAGUGUCUGACCACCUGCCUCCCGGCUGCCCCCGCAUGUCCACCUCCUUCUCUGCUACUGCAGAGGCCGUCUGUCCUCGGUCUUUGGUGCCAGAGGGACCAGCCACAGUGGUGAUUGGAGCGUUUGCACAUGGAGCGGUGAACGUGGACUACACGGAGAAAACGGUGUCCAUCAGUAACUACCCCCUCUCUGCGGCACUGACCUGUGCCAAGAUGUGCUCUGCCUUCGAGGAAGUGUGGGGUGUCCUGUGACAAACCGGGCAGAGACCGUAGAUUACAUGGACUUUUUUACUGAUUGACUAGGAAUGGAUAUAACGUCCAUUUCACCAGCGAUGGACCACAGACAUGUAUCCUGUUACACACGGCGUGUGUAUACUUGUAUGAUGAUGUUUGGCCACCAUGUGGAAUAUACUUAGGUUUCUGUACUCAGUGUUCCCUGUUCAUGUUGAAGCAUGAUGUUUUUUAUAUGAUUACCGAUUAAUGAGUUUUGGAUAAUCAAUCAAUACAGUUACAUUAAAAUAUUUGACUAAA